GGGCGCCACCUCACCCCUGUAACCCCUCUGUCUUUUCAGCUUUGGGAGCCUCCUUGGAGCACCAUGGCCGGGACCUCGCCUAGGAUGGAGGACCCUGUGGUUCUCAGCUACAUGGACAGUUUGCUGAGGCAGUCAGACGUGGCCUUGCUGGACCCUCCUAACUGGAUCAACGACCGCAUCAUCGGCUUCGCCUUCGAGUACUUCGCCAGCAAGGAGUUCGAAGCCUUCGAGCACGAGCUGUGCUUCAUCAGCCCCGAGGUGGCGCAGUUCAUCAAGUGCGCCGAGAGCCGCGAGGAGGUCGGCGAGUUCCUGCAGCCGCUGGACCUCCGCAGCAAGAGGCUGGUGUUCUUCCCCAUCAACGACAACUCCAGCCAGCUGGCUGGGGGCACCCACUGGAGCCUGCUGGUUUACUACAGGGACAAGGAGUGCUUCGGGCACUUCGACUCCCACGGCACCUACAACGCCGCCCACGCCAGGCAGGUGGCGGAGAUGGUGGAGUUCUUCGUCAGCACGAGGGCGGGCAAGCUGAUCCUGGUGGAGGAGAUGGUGCCCGCCCAGAGGAACAGCUACGACUGCGGCAUGUACGUCAUCUGCUGCGCCGAGGCCGUGUGCCGCCUCCACUACGAGGACAGGGUCAAGGCUCCGCUGCCGCUCCUCACGCCCUCCUACAUCACGCAGAAGAGGGCGGAGUGGAAAGCUCUCAUCGCUAAACUGGCACAGAAGUGAUGGAGGUGCAGCUCCAGACCCCUCUCCUCCCCCUGCCAAAACAACCCCCAAACUUCCUCCCCGGCUGCGAGGCGGCACCCCCAGUGCCUGAGGAUGAUGCCCACGUGCAGGAUUGUCCCAAAGAAGAAGAAUGUAACCCCCUCCAGCAUGGCUGCAGCCCACCACCAGACACCCUGUUCCCUCCUGGAAAAGCCUUAGUCCCCUCUGGAUAAUGCUGGCCUUUGAACUUCUAACCAGAACAAUCACUUUGCUCUCAGAGAAACCCUCCUCUCCAUGGGGAAAACUGAUACUAAUCACUGGGGCAAAGUGGGUGGCUGAAGGAACUUCCCCAGCAGGCAAAACACAUUCCUUGGGUGCCCUCCAUUGCCUACAGCAUCACCAUUCUGAGCCUUUCAGACCAAACUUCCCCCCAGAUGCUUUCUCCUGGCUGUUCUUCCUCCAUGGGUUUUGAGCAGUCUGGGAUUCAGCAGCAAGGAUUUCUUUUUACCCUUGCAAACCCAACACUCAGGUGUUGGAUGAUGUCAGAAGGUGCAGCUCCAGCAGAGUGGGGCAAAAACCAAACCAAGGUUUCUUCAGGUCCUAGGCUGGACCCCAACAGCUCUCUCGGGGUUGUGGUCCUUUUAUUCCCCCA